UUGAGGCAGUCAACCACCAGCAGGCUAUUGUAAUAAUCCAGGUGUGAGGUGAGGAGAGGCUGUACCAGGAUGGUGGCAGGAGAGAAGGGGCCAUAUGUGAGAAAUGGUGCAGAGGUGAGAUCAACAGGCCUUGGAAGCAGAUUGGAAAGGAGGAACCAGAACUUUGCUAAUCAGAUGGAGAAGCCAAAAAGUAACUCUGCCAAAAGAAAAGUUGAAGAGGAAUGCAAACUUUUGCCUCUUUGUCGUGCUAAACCCUCCCCAAGUUUCAUUCAUCUUCCAGCCACCAACCCAGCCACUUGUCAAAACAAUCAGUCAGCAAAGCUACAAACAGGAAUCGACAUUAAACCCCAGGAUUGCUUAGGUCUGCUUGAGUGCAUGCACGCCAACCUCCAACUUCAAACCCAACUUGCCCAACAACAGAUGGCCAUCCUAGAAGAUCUACAGGCCUCCAUGACUCUGCUGAUUCCUGGGGGGGAGGGUAAGAACCCAGUUUUACCAGCCAUACCCCCAAAUUUGCUGUUGACUCGCCAGCCUCAAAUCAGUAAAUGAACUUUGGGACCUAAUAA